AUGGCAUCUACCAAGCCUGUCCUUUCUUCUGCCGGCAGUGUCAAGCCCUGGAUACAGAAGUUCACCAAUACUCCGCGCGACGCAUUCUUCGAUCAGUUUGUCGGGUCGCAGGAUGCAAGAUUUGUCGAAAUAAUUGAAGGAUCUCACAAAGACGAAAUCAAAUACAGCGAGGUUUCCCUCGACUCAGGCAAUCACAAAUCUGCGCCAGAUCUUCGCAGGGUAUUUGAGCAAGAUGGGUCGAAAGGCAUUCUUAGAUUAAUAAUCUUACCGUUCAACACUGAAAACGAUAAUGCACCGCCUCUGUCGUGGGAAGGAUUCAGGGAGCACCUCGACUUGCUGCACCUAGAAAACAAUUUCAUCUACACCGAGCAGAUGCAGACGCCACCCACCUGGUUUGAAGUUCCGUUGCAAGCAGGCCUAAAAGGCUUCGUUGUCAAACCAGAAAGAUGGGACUCCAACCUCGCUAACUUCAGUAUCUCUGUUGUCUACUCUCCAACCUCAAGAGUUAUGCACGUCGUAGCUCACAUGUUGCACAAGAGAGACAUCAAGCAUCUGCUGCUGCGACUACAGACUCUCAAAACCCUUGCAUGGCAUCCUCUGCUUGUGCCACUCAUCCUGGUGGAGCAAAGAAUAGAAGGCACUGCAGAGAAACUCACCCUCAUGAGGGACUCUCUGUACUCGGUUGAGAAGCGAACUGGGACUCACAAGAACUACCGUAAUGACAAAUAUCAUGAAGAACUCAAUCACUAUGCCUAUGGUGACAAGGUUUGGGAGCGCCGCCACGAGCAGGAUGUUGACUUUGAAGCUGCUCCGGGAAAGAUAACUUCCAUUGCUUCAGAGUGUGCCAUGACCGAGGCCAAAUGCCAGGUCAAUGAGAGUUUACUCGAUUGGCUACAGGGGCUAAAUGACAGUCUUGAUGAACUCAACACUGACGGCAGUCCUUGGGAGAGGGCAAAGUCCUCAAUCAGAAUGAAGAUCUCAGCCUCAAAAACAUGCUCUGCUAACAAUCGAACACGAAGCAUCUAUCUCGCCAAGCGAGCAGAGGCGCAAAUGCAGGCGUGUCUGAAUCUAAUGGCACAGCGCGAUAGUGCUUUGAACCUCAAAAAGACCGAAGCAGCACUUCGAGACAGCUCCGACAUGAGAGCUAUAGCAUGGGUCACUCUCGCAUUUCUGCCAGCGACGUUUGUAGCGUACCUCCUUCUUCAGUUUUGA